CUAAACGUGGUCGGCAGCACUGGUCGUGAUACUUACGACGACGACAUUGUGAAUCGUGGUCGAUUCGACAGUGCCGCAAGUAUCGUGACGGAGUCGGAGCAGGACGCCACAGCAACAGCCACAUCUGCCACUCGCAGACCCGUUGGAGCCGGCUUGCUCUGGCGUCGCUUUUCCGUUGGCACCACCACGACUUCCGGCGCAGAAGAGUCCUCGUCCGGAGGUGUUUCCCCUGGUGCCCGAAAUGCUACAAGGAACAAGAAAUCUAACACGACCACGCACGACUGGCGAAAAAGACUGCUUGCACACUCGGACCCCGUUCCCAGCCCCCACUUGUGGUCAGAGAGUGACGCGGAGGGAUUUUUGCGACACCUGUUCUUCAACGCAGAAGCACCAAGAACUGGAGCGAAGAGCACGAAUGUCAGCGGUGGAGCCGGGAACAAUGAACAAGCCGCUCUGGAGUUGCGUGCUAUGAGCGCUUUGCAAAAUGCGAACUUAAGCGUCGAUGCAACCUCUCACGUGCGGAAAAUGCUCCGCCGCGACGGUCUCACGUACUCUGCGUUGCUAGGGUAUUCCAAGGCGGACCUUUUGGGCACCCACGCGGCCAUUGGAAAAACCACCUGGGAGUGGAUCUCGCAAAAGGUCCCGGGGGAGUACGUUUCUCGGGCGGGUGGGCCGCACGCGUGGCAACGUGCGUCCAUCCGCCUAUCGCACAAAAAGGAUGAAGAGGUAAGUUCAUGUUAUUGUGCUUGAUGCGUUCUUUAUUUUUGCUUUUUCUGGUGAUAACUCAAGUGCACACGUAAGUAUCUAGCUUAUGUCACGGCUCCAAAUCUAUCAACUACACCGGAAUUAUGAGAUAGACUCUCAUUUCACCUUCACACCCCUCCACAUCAGAGCCUUUCCUGGCGUUCCAACACGGGCCGCACGUGGACGCUGCAUUUCCAGCCGAAAUAUCCUGUGCAAAAGUAUCGUACUCGCAGUAAUCGCAAUGAUGCAUUACAAAUCUCCCUCGUAACCAUAACCUAAAUCCGCAUUACAAAUUCCAUUUUUCAUGCUGCGGGAAUUUGUUAUGCGAUUUAUACCAGUAUGAUGCUUUUGCAUUUCAUACGAAAAACCCGAACGUGUUUCGUGUUGCGUGCCCAGACUCGAGCGCCUUCCGCGAGUGUCAAAUGGUGGUCCGCGGAAAAUUCUGCGUGCGGUUGCUGGGGUCGCAAAACCAAUGCUUCGACCGAAUCAUGAACGAAGACGAUAUAGCCGAUUUUUACGGCCAGCCGAAACACGCACUUUCCAGGAAGUUCAAGUGUCCCAAGCCGGAGGUAAUGCAUCCGCCCGUGGCGAACGCGUUCGGUGCAGCAGCAGCAGCUGCUUCCUCAGCGAAUACUGACCCCGAAUUGAUGCUCACACCGACGACGAGGACGAUGGGGCCGAUGAUGCAACAAGUCGGCGAACAUCAAGACCUGUAUGGCGAUCCCUUGCUCUCCAGUGCCUCGUCUGCGUCCGGUCGCUCGGACCUGACUAUUAGGGAUUCGAAUUCUACUUUUUCGUCGGCCAGCUCUUCUGCGUCUUCAUCGUCUGCGACCCCAAGUAGCUCCUCCGCUUCUGCUGCAUCCAAGAAAAGCAAAGAAAAAAAGCACGUCCGACUGCGUCCGUCCACUUUUGCAGCGUGGUGCGGAAAGCUUUCGCUUGCGGCGAUGCUCACGGGGCGUGACAGUCCGGAGCAGAGGCUGUAUUUCAGGAUUCUCACGCAGCAGGAGCGGGUACUAGUAUUUCAGUUGCAGUCAUCAAUUUCAUGUAUUGCACCACUAAAACAUGCUUUAACUUUCACUUUUCGUUUUCUUCUUCAAGUAGGACAAAAAUUUCAGUAAACUCCACAACGUCAGCAUGAGAAAGGAUCACCGGCACCCCUCAACAUCGAUCCAAAAUGAUAGACGAAACAAAGGUUUUCCGAGCGUUGCAGGCCUUACAAGCAGCAGGCGGCGCCACGUUGCGGGAGUGGCUCACGGAGAUUCGCGACUUCUCAAGGCGCAUACGGGGCCACCAGCUCGGCGAAUUUCGCCAUGGCCGCGGACAGCAGCAGGGGACCAACCAAACGCAAACCCCCGUUCCCGAGGUGUUUUUACCCUGCUUGGUCGCGCACCUUUUCGGCCUCCGCGCCAUCCGGGACACGGACUCCUUGAGCCGCUUUGCGAAAUUGCUUGGGGAAAAACAAGCCAAGCUCGUGCCGGUGGAUGGAACUGGAACUGGAAGUGCAGGAGCGACAAUAAAUUUAAAUCCGGGCGCAGCAGGAGUUUCGUCGUCGUCUAGUAGCAACACUGCGCCUGCGGGGGUGGCUGUAGCAAAAACAGAGGCUUCUUCGCCUGCGAGUGCGGAUGUUGGUGGAAAUAAAGAUGAUGCAACGCAAAUACAAAUUCCAUCUGCCAACCGGAGGGAGCAAGCCCCCCCUGACGGGGGCACAACAGAAGUCUGCCCCUACACCGGGAACCCGAUCGCGCGAAAAAAGUCGACGGGCGAAGCAUUUCGCAUAGUGGGUGCAGGGGACACCUCCACGUCCUCGGCCGCUGCAAGCGCAUCCACGACUUCCGGUCAACCGGCGACAGCUUCCUCUAGUUCCACGCCGGCGAAAGCAGGUUCUUUAAAAUCCAGCAGCGGAACAACCACUGCACCAUCAGCGAAAAAGACGCCGGCAGCGAAAAAGCGCUCCUCCUCCUCAUCGGGCAGCUCAGGAGCUGCAACGACGGGUGUCGGGGGUGUGGUGGUUGGCACGGGAGCGGCUACCUCUUCCACCGGACCGGUGGUGCCGGAAAUAAGUGCAAGCAAGUGUAGCCCGACUUCUGCGGAGGACAACUCGGACGAAGUAGAUGCCUGGACAACAAGAUUUCUCACAAGGAUGAACCAUUUCGGAAAAAUAAAUGCAGACUUCAACACGUCGGGCUCGGGCCCCCUUGUCGAAGUUCCACUCGGGGGGCCUACGCCAUUAGAUGAUACAAAGAACCCGCCCUCAACAUCAAACAAGCCUCCGGACCCCUGGCAUUUGGAACUCCAAAACGCCUAUCAAAACUGGUUUCUCAAGACACUGAUUGACGAGACCUGGGCACCUAAACCAGUAGCGGCAUCGUCCGGCGCGACGACAAAUACUUCCGCAAAAGGAAAAGGAAAAGCGAAGGCAAAGAGCGCGGCGCGGGCAAAAACCGGUGCGCGGGGCGCGAAGAAAAUUGCGGAGCCGAGUAGUGGGGAUGCAGCAAACAUCGCCUUCGAUGAUGGAAAUGGUGGAGACAAAGACAAUGACGGGGCAACAACGUCGGCAGCUGGCGCUGCUGCUGCAGCCUCUACGAAACAGCGCGGAAGGGCCGCAAGAGGAAGCUCUUCUUCUUCACAGCCGGGUGGUGCGAAAUCUGGAACAAGUAACAGUGCUUCUAGCACACGCGCGACUGCUGGUGGAUCAUCGGCGAAAACUGAUCCGACUUCUAGUACCCCGGCAGCCCCGCUUGGCUCAUUUCGUCUAUCGCAGGAGCUGGCAAGCGGGAAAGAUUUUGCGCAGCGCGUGAACGCGUUUGGGAAUCUGCACGUGCAAAGUCUGCACCCAGAGGAGUCCGACGGGUGUCAAGCCCUGCUGGAGCAUAUUCUUUUCAACCUACUGCGCCCCCGAAUCGCACCGGACCUGUGGGAGCGCUGCUUUCUGUUGACGAAAAAGAAGAACGCGAUAGAUAAAAGAACGACUGGUGGAGGUAAAAUGAAUACGGCAGCGGCAACAACGUCGAGGGGUUCUUCAGCCUCCUCGUCUUCUGCUACCUCCUCGUCGCAGCACGAGUCUGCGGCUGGGGCUCCUGCGGAGCUAGCUGCAGAUAACGCAGCUUCAUCAGCAAACACCACGAGACCGGACAGGCCCCCGGACCCGCCUGCUGCGCCGCCAGUCUAUGAUCAUCGCAAGUAAGUUGUAGCUCUACUUCGGCAUCUGCUACAGUCUAAGUUUUCCAUCAGAAGUAUCACAAGGUCCGUUGUGCAAGAUGACCAAGCGCAAGGUGAUUGAUUUGAUGGAAGUUGAGUCGUACUAGACGUAGUUUUGCUUUUGUACUGGUACUAUUUUCAUUUUGCUUAAAUGACUUGAACAUCAGCUGCUAGUUGAAAUGGAAAAACAUUUCCUUCACAGCGACAUCUGGAACCAGAAGGUGCUGAAAGUGUUCGAGAAGCCGAGCUACAGUGUGACCCUCGUCGCCCGCGCCCACCCAGUCGCAACGGUCAGUCCCGGUGCCGCGACGCUGGCCGUGAUAUGCCGAAAUUUGCUGCUGCUUUUGGAGCACACAAGAAACGAACGCAGGCGUUACUACGACGAGGCGCGCCGGCUGCGCUUGUUUGAGCUGGAGGCGCACAAACCCAUGCACACCUGGCUGUCGCAAUCGGUGUUGUUUUCACCUACAAGAAGGUCUGAUGUAGAAGUUCUUGCAGAAAAUAAGAACACGACGACAGCGGCCGACGAGAAAUUUCGAGAGAAGAAGACUCCGGGUAAAAAGGCUGAGACGGAGACUGCUGCAGAUGGGUCUGCAGCGGGUGGCAAGAAUGUUAGUGCACCAGCUACUGACGAGGAGGGUAUGACCCUUGGCGACAACGGCAACGCUAAAAGCAGCUCCGGAGCGUUCUCAUCCAUGAAAGAUGAGCUGGAUGAUCACCCUUAACCGAAGCGAUUUCAGUUUAGUGAAUGUCCGCGACCGCGACACUGGAGACGUGUUUUCGAGCUUGAAAGUCAGUGGUGCUUGCAGUAGAGCAUAACUAUUUCGCUGUCUUAGCUGCUUACACUUUUUGAAAGAUAGAAACCGUUCUUCCCGUUCUGUAAUUCGGUAAAACUUGUUCUUCAGGAACGAAUGUGAGUACAGUCGUUGGACUGUACUAGCCUCACGUUCUUCGCGUAUUAAGUAAUAUUUGAGAUGAAUUCUUCUUCAGUCUCAGUACUUGCUAAUGUCAAUUUUGACAGAUGCUACUUAUAAUAGUUUUAGCAGAUCUGAGUGAGGAAACUGUCUCUAUCACUUACCGUUUCGUUAUUUGUCACCAUGUCCCCGAAUUGGGAUGAAGAUGAACUGCAAAGGGAUAUAAAACCGUUACCGAAAUUAUGUCCUCGACAAUUUUUGAUUUUGGAGCCACAAAGCCAAACCCUUUGUGCAUUUUCUUUUGCCUGCACAGAGCAGCUAUUUUGGAUGUAAUUAGUACAGUUUCUUUUCCUACAGACACAGCACCAGCCGUUUCGUAGUCAUUGUGUAGGCAUAGGUACAGUUAAUAGCGUGGUCUUCUUCCCACCUUAUCUUGAAACUACUGCAAAAUUUGCGAGCACGUGGAAGUCAAGCUUUAAGCUUUUCAAUCUUUUGGUCUUCAGGAGUUGACGUCCGUAACCGUAUUUGCGAAAUUAUUGUCCUUGAGGUCGAGUUACGAUCGGAUUCGGAAAAACAGAAACUACUUAAUUUUGAAGUUAUCCUUGCGGCUGUCGCAGCUCAU